CUCCAGCCCGCGGGGCAGCUCCAGCCCGCCGUCUCCGCCGGGCGGGACGUGCCGAGCCGUGCAGGAUGCGCCCCCUCUCCCGCCCUUCGUCUGCUCGCGCUGCGGCAUCUCUGAGGGAGCCGCGGAUGCAGCCUGUGAGGAGGAUGAAACCUUCUGCCAUGAGCAAGCGUAAGGUGAAGGACAGCAGUGCAGAAAGUGCUGAGAGCAUUUCCCAGAUGCAGAAAAUCUUACGUGAAAGAUUCUGUCACCAUUGUGCUGCUGGAAAACUGGCUGGGAUGGAGCAGCAGUACAGACAUUUGCUGGAGCUGCUGAAGAGAACCACGGUGCACGGGGAGAGCAAUUCCGCCCUGCUUAUCGGGCCCCGGGGAUCCGGCAAAACCACGCUAUUAAAUCAUGUCUUAAAAGACCUCAGGGAAAUGAAAGAAGUGAGAGAGAACCUCUUGGAAGUCCAUCUGAAUGGGCUUCUGCAGACAAAUGAUAAAGUGGCCCUGAAGGAGAUCACCAGGCAGCUGCAGCUGGAAAAUGUGGUUGGGGACAAAGUUUUUGGCAGCUUUGCUGAAAACCUUGCCUUCCUCCUUGAGGCUCUGAGGAAAGGAAACCGAACCAGCAGCUGCCCAAUUUUGUUUGUCCUGGAUGAAUUUGAUUUAUUUGUCCACCACAAGAACCAGACCCUGCUCUACAACCUGUUUGACAUCUCCCAGUCUGCUCAGACCCCAGUGACAGUGAUUGGACUCACCUGUAGGCAGGAUAUCCUGGAGCUCUUGGAGAAGAGAGUAAAGUCAAGGUUCUCCCACAGACAGAUAUAUCUGAUGAAUUCCUUUAAUUUUACACAGUACAUGAAGAUAUUUAAGAAAGAGCUUUCCCUUCCUGAUGAAUUUCCUGAUGAGACUUUUGCACAAAAAUGGAAUAACAAUGCUCAGCACCUGUCAGAGGAUAAAACCGUGCAGGACGUGCUGAGGAAGCUCUUCCAGCACAGCAAAGAGCUGCGCUCGCUGCACUCGCUCCUGAUGCUGGCUGUCAGUGCAGUGACCGUUCACCACCCCCUGCUCACAGCUGCAGACCUGCAGGAGGCCAGCAGGCAGCACAGCAGCGACUCCAAGGCAAACAUUGUCCAUGGUUUGUCAGUGCUGGAAAUCUGCCUCAUCAUAGCCAUGAAACACCUGAAUGAGGUCUAUGAUGGAGAACCAUUCAACUUCCAGAUGGUUUACAACGAAUUCCAGAAGUUCAUCCAGAGGAAAGCACAUUCCAUGUACAACUUUGAGAAACCAGUCGUCAUGAAGGCCUUUGAGCACCUGCUGCAGCUGGAGCUGGUGCAGCCGCUGGAGCGGCCGGCGGCGCGGGCGCAGCGCGAGUACCUGCUGAUGAAGCUGCUGCUGGACAGCAGCCAGAUCAUGGACGCCCUGCAGGUGUACCCCAACUGCCCCACUGACGUGAAGCAGUGGGCAGCCUCCUCCCUCAGCUGGCUCUGAGCUCCACCAGAGGCAGUGUUCGCCCCCAAUCAAUCAGUUUUUGGAAGCAGCUUUGUUGCUGCUCCAUUUGGGAUUUUCUAGGGAGAAUGGUGCUGUUGUUCCCUCCCAGCAGCCAGGCUGUGCCUCCCUCACAGCCCCAGGUGCUUCAGUUCAGCUCAGUGCCAGCUCUGCUCUCACCCUGUUCCCAAUCCAAGCUCUGGAGUUUGUCCCUGUGGCUGAGGGCUCCCUUCUACAGCCCCAUCAGGUCAAAGCUCACACUGCACUUUUCCAUGGAAAAUGUGCCCAAUUCAAUCUUUAAUCACAACCAAAUUUACUUCAGGCCAUGUUCAAUCCAGGCUUCAGCUGCUACUUUGUGCCAAGUACAAGGUAACAUCUUCCCAUACCCAAUUUUUUGUAGCAAAACUUGUUGUAGGACCAUCCCCAUGAGUUUCAAAUAAAGUUUUCAAAGAAUCA